CACUUUGUAGCCCAGGCUGAUCUCGAACUCGCAAUGAUCCUCCUGCCUCAGCCUCCCGUGGCCAGGAUUUCAACCAUAACCCCUCUGCUCCUUUAGGUCCAGAGCCUCAGGAGGACGAGGAGGGCGCUGAGAGUUGUGUUUGGACUGCGGGUUUCGGAGCCAGACUGCCAUCGCCUGCUCCUCAGCAUCUCUGUGACCUGGGGCACGGACAGCCUCGGUGCCUCAGUUUCCCCUUCUGGAAGACAAUGGCGACAACAGUGCCCACCUCCUCCGGGGUUUGGAGCCGGCGAUGGCAUCCGCGGAGCCCCUGCACAUAAGGACGCCCCUCCGUGACAGCAUGGCCUUGUCCAAAGUGGCCGGCACCAGUGUCUACCUCAAGAUGGACAACGCCCAGCCCUCCGGCUCCUUCAAGAUCCGGGGCAUCGGGCACCUCUGCAAGAAGUGGGCUGAGCAGGGCUGCGAGCACUUUGUCUGCUCCUCGGCGGGCAAUGCAGGCCUGGCCGCGGCCUAUGCCGCCAGGAAGCUGGGCACCCCCGCCACCAUUGUGGUGCCCAGCACGACGCCUUCCCUCACCGUCCAGAGGCUGAAGGACGAAGGUGCCAUCGUCAAGGUGGUGGGCGAGACAUUAGAGGAAGCGUUUGUGCUGGCCAAGGCGCUGGCCAAAAACAACCCAGGCUGGAUGUUCGUGCCCCCCUUCGAUGACCCCCUCAUCUGGGAAGGCCACACGUCCGUCGUAAGAGAGCUGAAGGAGGCGCUGAGUGCAAAGCCGGGCGCCAUCGUUCUGUCGGUGGGCGGCGGGGGCCUGCUGUGCGGUGUGGUCCAGGGGCUGCAGGAGGUGGGCUGGGGGGACGUGCCCGUCAUCGCCAUGGAGACCAUCGGCGCCCACAGCUUCCACGCCGCCACCGCCGCGGGCAAGCUCGUGACCCUGCCCAAGAUCACUAGCGUCGCAAAGGCCCUGGGCGUGAACACAGUGAGCAUGCAGGCCCUCAAGCUCUUUCAAGAACACCCCAUCUUCUCUGAGGUCAUCUCCGACCAGGAGGCCGUGGCUGCCAUUGAGAAGUUUGUAGAUGAUGAGAAGAUCCUGGUGGAGCCCGCCUGCGGGGCAGCUCUGGCCGCAGUCUACAGCCACGUGGUCAGGAGGCUGCAGGCCGAGGGCAAGCUGCAGGCCCCGCUGCCCUCCCUCGUGGUCAUCGUCUGUGGGGGCAGCAACAUCAGCCUGGCCCAGCUGCAGGCGCUCAAGGAACAGCUGGGCAUGAACGGGAUGCCCAAGGGAGAACCCGGCCCGGUGCCCUCACCCUGAACAGGACUUGGGGUCUGGGGUGUUCCUAUCCCUGGUGGCCCCUUAAUGUCACCGGCGAGACUGUGACCUGGACCUCUUGGGGGACCGUGUGACCACUCUGUGAAUGUCCUCGGUCACAAGUAACUCAUCAGGUCCCCCAGAGCAGGGUGGCACAGGGGUCCCCCAUGCAAGGUGGUCCUGCCCCAGGCUUUCCCCAUCCGAGACUGAGCCCUGUCUCAUCCGUUCUCCAGGAAGCCCGGCUCCACCCUAACUCGUUUUUCUAAUGUGCACUUUUUCACUGAGAAAGAAAAAUAUAUAUUUAUGAAGCAAAGA